AUGGCUUAUAACGGCCGUCUGACCCUGACCUUUGACGUCAUCUCAGCCUUCAGCAAUAUGAUGAGUGCCCACUGUGGAGAGGUCAUCUGUACUGUCACCACCGCACAGCCUCUGGAUGCUGCUAACCUCAAAGACCUGAGAGUUGCUCUGAAUGGCUUCUUGGCCAAAGGAGAGACGCUCAAGCUGGAGACUAAGUCUGACCCCCUCCAUCCUGGAUGGAAUGACAGUCAGCGUCAGGGACAAGCAUGUGGACAUUUUUACCAAGACAAAGAUCCAGAAACGGACCAAGAUCAUUAGGGAGACCUAAUAAUUGGCAUAGGCUGUGUCCCAAAUGGCACCAUACUCCCUACACUAUGUAGCGCUAUAAAGGGCUACGACACCAGGCUGAGGGAAUAGGGUGCCAUUUGGGGGUAUUUCUUUUUGUUUUAAACGUUUUGCUUAAUCAACUGGACCUAAGUCCUGUGAAUGAAUGAGUAGUGGAACAAUAGUGGAACAAUGUUACAGGGAAAUGCCUAUGUGUAUUAUUGCUUCCCAGCUUCAAGCUUAACAGUACAAAGUAUUACAGUAAAUGUAGUCUUUCUGUUGUCAUGUUUGAUUUGAUAUAUUUGAAUCCUCAAUAGUCGACGCCGAUGGUGACAGCCAGUCUUACUGGGGUCUGACACAUAACGAAAAAUACAUUACAGACAAAAGACUUUACAAUUUACAUACAUUUAAAACAUUAACAUAUAGUGUAUCUGUCAGUUCAUACACACAACAUGUAACUAAUAUUAAAUAUGAUGUAUUAUUAAAA